GCGUCCGUGACUCUGAUUGUGUUUGUAUGGAUGGAUGCUGCUACCGCUGGUGCAGAUCAUAACGGAUCCGCCUCACAAUAAUCGCCGUGUAAUAUCUGCUCAUCUUGAGCCGUCGCUUCGGUGCCGUGUGCCGGUGAUGAGCCCCCGGUGAGCGGCUGUGUGUCCGGGAUGAUGUGUUUGCGGCGGGCGGCGGUGCUGUGCGUGCUGCUGGCGGCGCUGGUGCUCGGCGGCCGGAGGAGGAGCUCCCGCUGCCCCGCGCCCUGCACCUGCAGCAAGGAUAACGCGUUAUGCGCCAAUACCGGAGCCAUACCGAGGAGCUUCCCGCAGGACGUCAUCUCACUAUCAUUCGUCAAAUCCGGCUUUACUGAGAUCCCCAAAGAGAGUUUCAUUCACACACCUGCACUACACCUGCUUCUCUUCACAGCAAACAGCUUCGACUCUAUAAACGAGGAUGCGUUCCUCGGUCUCCCUCAUCUGGAGUAUCUAUUCAUUGAAAACAACCAGAUCAAGUCCAUAUCGCCGUUCGCCUUCAGAGGACUCAAGUCUUUAAUUCACCUAAGUCUGGCGUACAAUAAUCUGGAGACGCUGCCCAAAGACCUCUUCAAGGGGAUGGAAGCUUUGACUAAAGUGGAUCUGAGAGGGAAUCUGUUCAGCUGUGACUGUAAGCUGAAGUGGUUGGUGGACUGGAUGUUUCACACAAACGCUACAGUGGAUCAGAUCUUCUGCAACGGCCCUGAAGGGUACCAGGGGAAAAAAAUCAACGAUCUGGAGGCGCAGACCUUCGACUGCAUCACCACAGAUUUUACCCUGCUGAAGUCUCUGGAGUUUCAGUCCAUCUCAGUGGAGGCUUUUUCCUUCGCUGGUGAUCAGUUCGUAGUUUUCGCUCAGCCCUUCAGCGGCAGAUGCAGCUUCAUGGAGUGGGAUCACGUGCAGAUGGAGUUCAGAAACUUCGACAACAUCACGAGCACAUCCACGGUCAUCUGCAAACCUCUAGUCAUCGACAGCCAGCUCUUCAUCAUAGUAGCUCAGCUGUUCGGCGGCUCGCACAUCUUCAAGCGCGACGUCUCCGCAAACAAAUUCAUCAGAAUCCAAGACAUCGACAUCCUGAAGAUCCGCAAGCCCAACGACGUGGAAAUCUUCGAGGUAGACGGAGAGUCCUUCUUCAUCAUCGCCGACAGCUCGAAAGCUGGCUCCACCACCAUCUAUAAGUGGAACGGAAACGGGUUUUACUCCUACCAGUCGCUCCAUCCUUGGCACCGCGACACCGAUGUGGAGUAUCUGGACAUUUCUGGAAAACCGCAUCUGAUUUUAUCCAGCAGUUCGCAGAGGCCUGUUGUUUACCAGUGGAGCCGGGGCAGCGCUCAGUUCGAGAGGCGCACUGACAUCCCGGAGAUGGAGGAUGUGUUCGCGGUCAAACAUUUUACGGUGAAAAACGAGCUGUACAUCUGCCUGACGCGCUUCAUCGGCGACUCCAAAGUGAUGCGGUGGGAUGGCAGCAUGUUUACAGAGAUCCAGACCGUGGCUUCCCGGGGCUCCAUGGUGUUCCAGCCGUUCUCCGUGGCCAGCUGGCAGUACGCCAUCCUGGGCAGCGAUUACGCCUUCACACGGGUCUACCGCUGGGACGCCAAGAAGAGGCAGUUCGUUCCCUUCCAGGAGCUGAACAUCCAGGCGCCCAGGGCUUUCUCUCUGGUGUUCAUCGAUAACAGGGAGUUCCUGCUGGGGUCCAGUUUUAAGGGGCAAACGCGGAUAUAUGAGCAUCUGGUGCUGGACCUGAGCAGCUGAAGACACUCAUGAAGCUGCUGUUCAGUGGAGACACCGAGGUCAUGUUUCAUCCUCAAAUCCUACUUUGUAUUUCCAUUAUUUUAUGAGAGAGAGCAUAUUAACCCAAAGAUUAAUAUUAAAUAAAUUGAGUAAAUCAGGCUCAGAUCCUGUAGUGUGAACUAGGCAUUACAUCGUCAGGAGUGGGCCCGACUCAGCAUGUAGAAUCACCUUUGGUUUCGGGAUGAAACAUGACCAGGAUGUUCUGCUUCUCAGCAUGAAGACUCUUCCAGACUCUCUGCAUGCUGGAGCCGCUAAAUGAGAUUGUGUUUUGAAAUGAUCGAUUAACGUCUGUUGUAUUUUUACUUUGUGACUGCCGUACUUUCUUUAAAAUACUCGCUCUUCUAUUUAUAAACGUGUCUAUCUGGACAUCUCUCGACCUGUAAAUACAGUAUUUUUAUGUGGUGACUUAUAUUUGAUAUGCAGGCUGUAGAUUUGAUACACAUGUUGAGCGUUUGGUUUAUAAAGUAGCGUGUCGUGUUCUCAUUGGUUUUUAGCAUCUGUGUGUGUGUUUGGACUGUGGAAUAAUGGCCUGAUGUCAGUACGUUUUCAGCAGGAUGCCAUGAUUUGAAGCAAUUCUGUCCACAAAUGACAUUAUUCUGGGUUUGUGCAUGCAGAUUCAUGCCUACACUUUUGGAAACUCUGAUACUAACUUUAAAUAAAGAUUUGUCAGAAUGUUAAACCUUUA